AUGGUCAAAAUUAUGAUAAUCCUCGCUGUAUGUGUUGCGCUGGCAGUAGCACAUCCACAUGGUUACGGAGGCGGUGAAGGCCGUGGUGGACAGCACGGUGGUAGCCAAGGUGGUGGCCAUGGCGGACAACAAGGAGGACUCGGUGGCAGUCAAGGUGGUGGCUACGGUGGCAGCCAUGGUGGCAGCCACGGUGGUGGCCACGGUGACAGCCAAGGUGGUGGUCAUGGCGGACAACAAGGAGGAAUCGGUGGCAGUCAAGGUGGUGGCCACGGUGGCAGCCACGGUGGUGACCACGGUGGCAGCCAAGGUGGUGGUCACGGUGGCAGCCAAGGUGGUGGCUACGGUGGCAGCCAAGGUGGUCGCGGCGGUGGACAUUAUUGA